AUGAGCAAGCCGGUAGUUAUCAGAUUCGAGGGCCCGGAAGAGUGGGAACAGCAAUGGGAAAAUGUCAACAGCAUUUUAGAUAAACACACUGGAACAUCAGAGUAUCUUUCUACUAAAAGUGUCCCCCCAACCAUAUUUGGUGCAGAACUCACCCCAGAGGGUAUUGACGAGUUGAAAGCACAAGAUGGAGUAAUUGUGGAUAUCCCAGAUGAAGAGUAG